AUCAUAGCAAUCGGUACUGACAACAAUCAAAUGAUGAUCAUCACUAAGUGCGUCUCGUCAGAGUGUAAACAGCUUCACGUCAUCCAGACCCCGGAUAUUCUCAGCUCUCUGUUUCCCGCCUUUUUCUACAUCAAUAUCAUCUUUAAGGAUGGGACGUUGUCGGCGAGAAUAGGGAAAGCUAGUCUUGCUGGCAGCCUUCGGUCAGAUGGAUCCGCGCUCGUGGUCUUUGAAGAUCCGGAACCGAUCCAUGUUAUGUAUGCUGGAUUCAGGACGACAAAGUGUUCUGGCGUUUGGACCUCGUCGAAACAAAUCAUCUCAAAACCAGAAGCUACCACUACAACCAAGGCAGUGAAACAACCCACCUCUCCAGUAGUUCCACAGCCGGGUCCCACUGAGAAUGGGUCCAAUCAAUCUGCUGCAGCUUUGGCAGCGCCCUCUGCGCUGGAAGAAGAACCAAGUGAUAAGGUAACUUUUACCACUUCCGGUCUCGACAAUGAAUCACCUCGUUAUGAAGUCGGUCCGCUUGAUUCUUCCCGACCAUCAAGGUUCGAGUUCUUGGUCACAGCAGCCGCCGGUGCCGUGGUAUCCUUAUCACCAGCAGUGGAUUCGGAAUAUCCCAGCUAUAAGCUACAUAUUGGCGUUAACAGGAACAGCGAAACCCACAUCAUGCGAUGUACAUCCAUAUACUACUGUACGGCAGUGCUAACCGUACAGACCGAUUCCAUUUUGACAAGCUCCAAGCCCGUCAAGUUCUUCGUAGAGCUCAUACGAUGCGGCAGAACCAAUAAACUUAAUGUGAGGCUUGGACAGAUCGCCGGGGCAGCAGGAGCGGAUUCAGUGAUCCUAGAUUACGAAGAAACUUAUCCUUUGGAGAUCGGUUGGGCUGGAUUUGGUACCAUAGAAGGAUUUACGGGACAAUGGACAGUUUACAAAUUCAUCUUCUAUUCAGGAACUACCUUGAUAUCAUCGUUCAAUACUGGCAAAGGUCCCGGAGACUCUAUUUACCCCCGAAGCUAUUCCGUAUUACGUGACCAAUCUGAGAUGAGGUUUUCCUUCAGUGUUAAAGCCGAACAGAACGCCCUCAUAGCACUUUCCAAUCAGGCUUCUGUCUUAGCUGCAACAGACGUCAUCCAGAUCCGUUUGGGGGUUGACAACAACCAAAGGUCAACUCUUUCAAAGAACAAUAUUGAGAUAGUGAGCGUUCAAGGAGACCAUCUGUUGCGUUUCAGUGAUGUUACAUUUUGGGUCUCGAUCGACGGUAAUAUUAUAGAAGUCGGAAUGGGAAGUGGCGAUCGCUUUAUGGGAGCCGUUUUGGAUGAACCGAUCCAUGCGAAGUACAUCUGGUUUGCGGCCGGCGACGAUGGUCUAACAUACGAAUGGCAGUUCUAUAAGUACUUCUAUUAUAGUGCAUCGACGGGUCAUCUGGAAUCGACCCAUGAUAUCGAUCUCUUCCAGGCUCAUAUCUAUGAGCAAUCAUCACUGGAAGAAAAGUUUGAGUACAGCUUCCAUCCACUUCAUGAAAACUACUUUGGCAAGUACAUUGAGUUCACAGUCACAACAGAGGGCGCUGUCUCAAUUGCUUUGUCAGCAGACGGAAGCCAACAAGUCGAAAUGUAUGAAAUCGUCUUUAGCGGUAACAGGAACUCGGACUUGUCGCUGCGAAGAUGCAGCUCGUGUGAAACUCUUGUUAGCUCCUACGAAGAAGGUGGAUUUUUAUUGCCAGGAAGAGUAAGGAAUUUCUUGAUAUCCGUAUAUGACGGUACUAUCAGGGUGUAUGAUGAACAGUUAACCGAUCCUCUGUUAGAAUGGACAGAUCCGGAACCUCUACCGGUUAGCUUUGCCGGAUUCAGCAUGACAAGUUCGUCUCACUUCGCUUACACUACAGUACCCACUGCUGGCUCUUACACCGAUGAAGCUCCAUCCCCUUAUUUCUACGCCGUCCAACUUGCCACUGAUAAGCCAUGGAAGGUUGUUCUGUCCAUAUCAGGUGAACAAAAAGGAGAAGUGUAUGAAAUCGUUUAUGGGACUGGAGAAAAUACGAGAAGCGAGAUCCGAAGGGGCAAUGUACCCAUUGCCUCGGUUGAAAAUGCCGGAUUAGUAUCCGCUGUGAACCCGAACUACUAUUGGUUUGAGGUUAAAAACAAUGUCAUCAAAACCGGCUUGUUUGAUCCGGAUUCUUCUCAACAAUGUGAACCGUUUCUCGGUUACUACGACCCGGAUUUCAUCCCGGUUUCCCUCUUCCGGAUAUCCACCUCUGAUCCAGCAGCGGUAUUCAAUUUCGGUUUUGGGAGCGGAUUUUCUCCUCGGUUGGAACCCGGGAAUCGCAUUUGCGAGCCCUAUGCUCACGCUGUUUACACCUCGGAAGAAGUUGAAAUGGUGGGAAAAGAAGGCGCAGUCAGCGAUGGUGAAAGUUCUGAUCAUGAGAGUAAAAGUAAAGAAAAAAGGAGCAGUAAUGAGAGGAGGAACGAUAGGAGCAGUGAAGAGAACAUUAGUAGUAAUGAGAGUGGGAGUAAAGAAGGGAUGAGGAGCAGCGAACAGAGUGGAAGAAGUCAAAUGAAAUGGAGCAGCGAAGAGAAUGCGGGAAAUAACGAGGUUAGAAGCAGCAAUGAGAAAAGUGACAGUGAUGAGACUAAAAGCAGCGAAGAGAGUGGAAACAGUGAAGAAAAGAGAGAGAACGAUGGAAAGAACAAGGACAAGAAAAAUAAAGGAAGCAAAGAAGACAGAAGCAACAGUGAAGAGAAGAGAGAAAGCGAAGGAAAGAACAAGAAAGGCGAAAGAAAAGAAAGCAGUGACGAGGAUAGAAGUGGCAGUGAAGAGAAAAGAAAUAGUAAGGAAAAGAGCUCCAAAGAGAAAGGUAAGAAGAAAAACAGAGGUAAAAAGAAAGAAAGCAGUGAAGAUAGCAAGUAGUAACAAUUGACAAGUUCCAAUUGUGAUAGGUCUGCUAGUUUACUAGCAUACCUUUGAUUUACGCCAACACCAUUCUGAUUUUGCUCAGAACUAAUGGUGCCACAUGCCAGUGUUUAAAUGCUUUCACUCUCCUAUUUUGGUCAACGGUAACAAAGUGGUUUCAAUCAUUCGAAAAUUAUUAAAAUGCAUUAAAGAACGUGUUUGUUUGAUCUUUCUUCUCACUGCUUGCUGAUUUUUUUUGGGGGAAAAUGAUUAAUAAGAUGCAUACAACUAUAUGUCAGUGUUUAAUCCGCGGUUCACCGUGAGUAAUGGAAAGAAAAACGAUAUUACGUAUUGUUUUACUCGAAGAAUUCUCAAUUGAAAAAUAAAAUCAUAUUCCAGUUCACUUAAUGCGCUCUUUAUGUCCGUCUCACCCCCUCUCUCUCUUUGAUGCUUUUGUGGUGAUGUUAUGUUGUAUCAUAUUCUAUCUUCGAAUUGAAUAUGCCAUAACCAGAGUUAUUUGAGAGUUCACAACUUAUAUUACCAUGAAUAUUGAUACCAAUAAAUCAUUACGUUUGAAGAGCAGACUGAAUAAAAAAAACUGUUUCAUCCGCAUUUUUUUGUUUCAUUUCUUAGUGUAUUUUUCUGAUAAUUCACAACAAAAGAAUGAACAUCACAAUAUAUAUAUGUAGAAAUAUUAGUAACAAGAGUAGAACUUGACUUACAAAACUCUUUAUUUUACUCACGGAAGAUGUCAAUAAUAAGACAGCAUAGGCCUAUUAAUUAAUAUACAUCAUUAACAUAUCGUAAAUGUAUCUUCACAAAAACAUGCGUUGCAAUUUACUCCAAAAAUAAUGUAUAGUUCUAAUCGUUACAAACGAGGUUACUUUUAUCAUGAUUGACACAUUUGACGCUCAUACCGGUCAGAAAUUAUCCGAAUGCACUUAUGCAGACUUAGUUUGUAACCAAAUAAAACACAAUUUAAUAGUUCAAUUCACCAAAUACGGAGAAACACAUUUGUACGCCUAUAUCCGGAAGAGGAAAACAAAUUUAUUUGCCAACCCAUGAAAUGUGUGUAAUCUUGGUAUUUUUUCUUAUUUAUAUUGUAAGAAAUUCUUACCAAGACAAGAAUUUUAUUCAUCUUUCUUUAUAAAAUUGAAAUGUCCAUAACAAUCUUAUACGGUAGAAGGAAACUGGGGUUUGAAAACUUAAAGUACAUGUUUAAAAUUAAGGCUUAACCAUUAUCACUGUUUUACUUUGUUUUUGUUACGUUCCAAGUAUAUUUAUAUCAUGUUUUCGUAAUUGUGUAAUUGAAUGUGUAACGAAAUUCCCGCUUUUACGUCGUGCAUGAAACUUUUAUUCCUCAUUGGAAAAACCACAUAAAAAUUACAAUUGAGUGAUAUUGAUAUUACAAUAGUAAUUCAAAACACGACUGGGAGACCAUUAAAUAAACCGAAACUUUCAUAUUCUAGCAGCGCUGAUAUCGAAAACGAAAGGAGUGGUCUAUACGCACUCCAUGGUUGAAUGCUAAUUACCGAUUAAAGACUUGAAAAUCAAAAUAUUUUCGACAAAAAGAAUCGCUUUACGUAUAAAAUAUCUUAUCAACCACAAGCUAUAACAUAAUGAGAAAAAAAUAAAGAUGUUUUUCUUGGAAAGAUUUAUUCCACUACCGUUAUUGACAUUUUGAUUGACAUUUAUAACCGUUAACAUCAUCUUUACAAAUAAUU